ACCGCUCCUUUACACUAGCAUAGCCAAGAUGCACACUAGAGCCUCUCACUGAGAGACUAAUGAGUUUGCCUUGCUAAGACACCACAAAGGGGCCACAAAGGCGGAGCUCCAGCUGGGCGGAUUAAGUAGGAGCAGGGCUGAUAGUAGCUGCUGUGUUCUCCACUGAGAGGCAUUCUUGUGUUGCUGACACCCAACGGACACACUGGAGAUGCACAGUGGACACAGAGAACCUGCUGUUUUUCUCUUCCUUUGCCAGGCCCACUGUCUGAUGGGGAGAUGCCGGAGAGCUGGAAUGCCUCCUCCAACAGCCUGGAGGUGCGUGCUGCGGGCAUCAUCGUGCCCGUGGUCUUCUUCCUCAUCUUCCUCCUGGGCACAGUGGGGAAUGGGCUGGUGCUGGCUGUGCUGCUGCGCAAUGGCCAGGUGAAGUACAACACCACCAACCUGUUCAUCCUCAACCUGGCCAUGGCAGACCUCUGCUUUAUCAUCUGCUGCGUCCCUUUCCAAGCCACCAUCUACACACUGGAUGGGUGGCUCUUUGGCCCCUUUGCCUGCAAGGCUGUGCACUUCCUCAUCUACCUCACCAUGUACGCCAGCAGCUUCACCCUGGCAGCCGUCUCUGUUGACAGAUACCUGGCCAUUCGUUACCCACUGAAAUCCCGGGAUCUCCGGACCUCCCGGAAUGCAGCGGUUGCCAUCAUAGUGAUCUGGACCCUGUCACUGCUUUUUGCAGGGCCCUACCUCAGCUACUACCAGAUUGUCCACUACCAUGGGCUGCCCAUCUGUGUCCCCAUCUGGGAGGACCAACGCCGGAAGAUCCUGGACAUCCUCACCUUUGUGUUUGGGUACCUCCUGCCCGUGGUUGUUGUGAGCUUGGCCUAUGCCAGGACCAUCAAGUUCCUGUGGACCUCCCUAGACCCCAUCUAGAGAAUCUCAGAGUCCCGUAAGGCCAAGUGCAAGGUCACCAAGAUGAUUGUGGCUGUGGCCAUAAUCUUCUGCCUCUGCUGGCUGCCCCACCACCUGGUCAUCCUUUGCUUUUGGUUUGGCUACUUCCCCUUCAACCGAGCCACCUAUGCCUGCCGCCUGGCCUCCCAUUGCCUAUCGUAUGCCAACUCCUGCCUCAACCCCAUCAUCUAUGCCCUCAUCUCUAAGCAUUUCCGCAAGAAGUUCAAGCAAGUCUUCACUUGCCUCCUCUUCCAGAACAAGAGCAGGAAGAAGAAGAGAGCUGGCAAUAAAGUCCACGUAACCAAUGUGGCCAACAAUGCUGCUGGUGUGUAUGGAGGUAACACCGAGGUCACCCAGAUCCAGGAGGAAAAUGCCAGGUGCUGCCAGGGCUGGCUGCGGAAAGACGCUGAAGACACCCAUCUCCCUGAGGCAUGGACUCAUCAGCUACAGGAUGCCACUGUCUCUGCUCAGAGAAGACUGCUGGCUGAAGAAAGUUCGGUAACAACUGGCAAUCCACUGGCUGUGACCUCACCAGGGAGACCUCAGGGCCUGCUGAUCGUCCACUGAUAAUAUAAAGCAAGAGGAGAAAUGCAUAAACCAGUGAGGGAGUCACCCUUCCACCCUUCAGUAUGCGAGCAGAUGGAACGAUGUAGUCCCUGGGAAAUUGCAUUGCAGUGAUGGCUAAUCUUAACAGUGUCAGCUAUGGCUUCUUUAUGAUUGUUUCACCCCUACCCAUUUGUCUCUACCAUUCUUGUGGGAGCAGUGGAAUCCAUCAGUGGAAAUUCAGAAAGUAGGAGCAUGCUAACAUAAAAACGAGAGACAUGGAGAACUAGACACAGCAUGAUCACUGGGGAAAGGACUGGACUCCCAGUGCCCUGGGCGCUAUACUGAAAGUCUCUGGUGAGGAGAAGGGGAAGGAGUUUUACUACCAUGUAUGAUAUGACGCCAUACAAUUAACUGUGUGAUCUAGUAUAAGGCGUUGCCCACACAUUGGAGUUCAAGGAUCUGAACUUACCUCUUGAGGUUAACCAGAUUAACUAGACCCUCGAUAAGCCCUGUGCCUGUGUCUACUGCUCACAAUCACCCAGGGGGUAUUCCCCCUACACAUUUAGGCCUACAUUUUCAUCAAUGCCCACUAAUUUUGCAUGGUAUCUUGGGUACUGGAAAAUUGAGACGAGCAAAAUUAACGUACCCUGUUUGAAAACACAGGCUGUAGUGUGGGUAUCAGGAUACUGUGGGGAGUGGUUGGAAGAAUGUGUGUGUGUGUAGCUAUGUGUGAAGAGAGUUAGUCAUUUUGUUUGGACUAGGGAUGGGAAUAGGAUCUCUGUGUGUGUAUGUGAGAAUGGGGCAGUUCAAAAUUUCCAUUGCUGGAAAAACGGGGGCAAUGUCUCUAAUGUCCCAGUCAGCAGAAUUCUGUUCCACACCUGUGUGUCUUCUCCUCUUUAGUAAUUCCCAGCAAGUUUAGGCCUUGCUCCAGUGCAAAUCCUCCACCCCCAGCUACUCUGCUCUGUAUCAGAGAGGGCCUUGUUUACAAUCCUAGCACAAAACCCCAAUUGCAAGGAAGUCAGCAGCUCAUAUCAAUGGCUUAUUAUACUAAUUCUACCACCAUCACUGUUAUUAAAAUUAUUUAUUAUACAGCAAGUAAAAAUGGAAAACCUGGUAUUAUUACAUCUCAGUGUAGCCUCCCACGUAUGCUGAUAGACCCAUAGAAGCUUCAGAUGGAAAAGCUGUUAGUUUAUUAAGUCGGUCUCUUCCCUCCACCCUGGCAAAGCAGGAUUAUUCCCUAUGGGUCACUUCCUAGUGCUUUGUCCACUCUAGCUUUACAUGUCCCAAGCAAUGGAGCUUCCACCACUUCUCUUGGGACUCUUCCUAAGGCUAAUACAUCUUUCCAUCAGUGUAUCCUGAUAUUUGUCUUUGGUUCCUUUCCAAAUUCAUCCCAUUAUUCCUAGCUACACCCCUUUAUUCCACCCUAAAUAAUCCCCCUCCUUCCUUGGUGUUUACACCAUUCAAAUAGCUAAGAGUCUAUUGUGUUCCACUCCCCUGGAUUGCUGUAUAGCUAAGAUAUAUGUAAUUUAAUUCUUUCAAUAUCCUCUCAUAAAUCAUUCGCUGCAGGCCUUCUCUGACCUGCAUCCAAUCUGUCAAUAUCUCACGGGCACUGUGAUUCCCAGAAUUCAGUGCAGUGUUUCAGGUUCGAUCUUGCCAGUGCCUGACAUAAGGAGGACUGUCACUUCCCUGCCCUGUGAUGUGAUCUCUGUAACAGAUUGGAAAAGAUCUUUUGGAUGGUGGUGUCCACCUCCCACAGCCAGCCAAGGCAGAGGGCAGGAUGGGUCCCUACCUUUCUAGAGUAGUACUCUCACUGUUCUCUUUGCAAGCAUGUAGAGGCUUUGUGGAGCGGCUUCUGGCAUA